CCAACUCUCAUUACAGCGGUGGUCUUCGCCUCUUCCCCACCCGAGGAAGCUGGUCCAGUGGCGGGCCUAGGCCUUCUCGCUGUACACACACGGUCUCGACGGAAGAUCGAUUUGAUUAGCAUCAAAUCUCGCAUUCAACCGUUAAAAAGCUCGCCGAUAUCUCCGCACUGAUAGUUCCCGCCUGAAAUUCAACAGAGAACGGCAACUCUCUGUCUCAAGGAGUAUCGGCUCUCUUCUGUCGUCCAGAUUCCUAGAAGCCGAUACAUUAGAUCCCAUUUUCGAGAUUGCCGCCGACAUCUCGAAUCCCUCUCUUGGCGGUGCCGUAGCAUUUUCAAACAGGCGAGAAGAAGACAAUAGCGACAAUAGUUUCCGUUGUGCCAACAUCUGGACAACCUCAAGACGUUACCGUUGCUGCCGCUCCUUGUCGGGAAUAAUUUACCUUACAUCUUCGCCGGUGGUAUAUCUUGCGAGAGCCCUUUCACUUUGUUGCAGACAUGGCGUUACCCGAAACGCCCCAGCUGUUGGGCCCACGAACCCCUUCGGGAGACGCGCCGACCCCUCGAAGGACGGCCCUACCGUCAAGGCCCGUUUCAUCGAAGGGAAAUAGCAGUGCAGCACAGCGUUCGAGGGAUGAAUUCCUCGUUCCCGAGGAUCAAGAUCGGAGCAGAUUCGAAGCGGAAAGUUCACGUCUCCUCACCGCUUCCCCUAGCCCUUCAAGCACAACACGUUUUAAGGCGGCAAGCCCUUCAAGUCAAGGCACAUUGCCAAACGACUCCGCCCCAGGGCAGAGUGGUCAGAUCUGCAGCAAUUGCCAAACAACUCACACACCUCUCUGGAGGAGAUCACCAACUGGCGAGACCAUCUGCAACGCCUGCGGCUUGUAUUUAAAGGCUAGAAACACAUCACGUCCGUUCAACUUGAAGCGACCUCCGAAUGUGGUUGCAAGCAAUGCCCGACAGUCGCCAGUCAAGCUCUCCCUCAAAGGCCAUGUGCCACUAUUACCCAACGCGCCCAUACCAACUUAUGUUGCCACGGAUCAGACGCCGACGGGGUCUUGCCCGGGAGGGGGGAAAUGCAACGGAACCGGCGGCGCCGAGGGAUGCAGUGGCUGUCCCGCGUAUAACAAUCGAGUGUCUAAGAGCGCGAGCCUCAGCGUGCUGAAAUGCCAGAGCGCAUCGAAACCAUCGUCGGACAACGGUCCAGACGACGCAGCGCCAAUUGAUAUCAAUGCGCUACAAGCACAAGGUCAGAACACCACGGUUGUGAUCGCCUGUCAGAAUUGUACGACGACGGUUACGCCUCUCUGGCGCCGGGAUGAGGCUGGCCACACCAUCUGCAAUGCGUGCGGGCUGUACUACAAGCUUCAUGGCGUACACCGACCUGUCACGAUGAAAAAAGCGGUAAUCAAGCGGAGGAAACGUGUCAUACCGGCAGCGGGCGGGAGUCCGGAGGUGGAGAGUGUACCGAGCGAAUGGGCGGAUUCCCCAUCUACGGACGGUGAAGCGCCGAUGGAAAGGGGAUCCGUCAACCCCGACGGCUCUGUAAAUCUCGGAAGCCGGCUGCGGCGAGACCCCCCUCUUACACUGGUGCCAGAGACGAUCCUGAGGCAAAACAAACAGGCCUCUCCCCUACCGUCCACUGAUCUCGGCCAAUACCACUCAUCAAACUCGAACCAACCACAUCAAUUACCUGAAUCGCUUACCGACGAGAACCGGCUCGCUCCGUUGACCUCGAUACCCAUGCCGGACGAUCGGCAAUCAUCCUUGUCCCCCGCGUCCUUCCUCUCUCCCUCUCGAAAACGAUCAUUUUGCGCCGCCGACAUGGACUAUCCCAGCUCAAGUGAUAGUGACCAUCCUAAACGCCUUUCGUCCAUCAAAUCGAUACUCAACCCCACAACUACAAGUGCAGGUCCGCAAACCACUUCUGAGCCUUCCCAGCGACCAUAUCCACCGUCGGCGCCUACAACUGCCUCGACGCCAAGUCCAGGGGCGUUCUCUAAUAGUUAUGCCGCCGCCGUUCCCCAAUCGCUUACCAGUGCUCAAUCCGGCUUGCGGGAUCAGGCUCGCGAGAUGGAGAUUUCCAAAGCUGAGAGGCGUGCGGCCUUGGCACGUGAAGCAGAAAGAAUGAGGGAACUGCUGGCAGCCAAGGAGAGGGAACUUGCUGAACUAGGGGAUGAAUAAUGGCAAUGGACGAUGCUGCUUUAGUUGAAUGACGUUAUUGAGGACUAUAGCAUUGGGUGUUUUUGGGGUUGUAGUUUGGGGUAAACAGAAUAUGGAGCGGCCUGUGGUGGGUUUCCAGCGAAUGGGAGUUACUGUUUGGACUUCAGGAAGGAUGGUCGGACUAUGCGUACGUUCAGCGAUGGUUGGGGAUAGUUACCUUCAAGGCGACUUGGUUGAGGCGUCCCAUAUGUGGCGAGAAAAUGUGUAGACGAGACCUAAGGCAACCAACACUACACUACACUUCAUAGCCAGCUAGACCUAGGCAUCGAUAGCUUGAUGCGUGGGAAACGCACUGGGCUCACAUGAA